AUGACCUCCACAACAGACGUAUCGGGCCAGAGCGACAUCGGUAAAUUGAAGACAGAGUCAGACGGCUCUUUCAAAAGAGCUGCAGCGAGCUUCAGGAACUUUAUCAAGAACGAUGGCAAAUUCACGCCGGAGAAAGCAUGGGCUACCAGAACUCUGAUCACUCGGAAACUGAAAGGACUCGAGGAUUUCAUCCCUUUUUCCGCAGUGUCCCCUCACAUGGGCCAACAAGGCUGGCCGUUCAAGAACGCAGAUCCAAGCUGGGCAGACGCAGAUAACGACCCAGAACACCCAAACUUCCAGCACGUCAAAGAUCUCUACCUCCUCGCUGAUCCGAACUACGGCGGCAGAUUCACGGUCCCGGUGCUGUGGGACAAGAAGCUCAAUACUAUCGUUAACAACGAAAGCUCCGAAAUUAUCCGCAUAUUCAAUACUGCUUUUAAUCACUUGCUUCCUGCUGAUAAAGCGGCGGUUGAUAUUUACCCCGAGGCACACCGCCAGGAGAUCGACAGUAUCAAUGAGUGGGUGUAUGACACUGUGAACAAUGGCGUGUACAAAUCCGGGUUCGCAGCAUCCCAAUCCGCGUACGAAAAUGCCGUCUUCCCUCUAUUCAAAUCCCUCGACCGACUCGAGGAGAUACUCAAAGGCAAGGAUUACCUCGUGGGCAACACCCUCACCGAAGCAGACAUCAGGUUAUUCGUCACAACCAUCCGCUUCGAUCCCGUGUACGUAGGCCACUUCAAAUGCAACUUGCGCGAUAUCCGUCACGGGUACCCUAACAUCAACCUCUGGAUGAAGAAGUUGUACUGGAACAACGACGCUUUCAAAUCAAGCACCAAGUUCGAUCAUAUCAAAGAGCAUUACUACUGGUCACAGAUACUGGUGAACCCCACCAGGGUAGUUGCCGCUGGGCCACUCCCGCACAUCGAGCCUCUGUAA